AUUCCAGUGUGGUACCGAGCUAAGGUGAGGUUGCUUCUCUUUCUGCAACCAUAUAGGUCUGUUGCGUUUGGCAGGUGGGCAUGCAUUUGACGUUUGCAGCUCGGCGUAACCGCACCUACAAACUCUCGGGGCAAAGCUAUCGAAGAAGCUACCUGGCAAAGAGCUGCUUACUCUGUUUGGUAAACCUGUGUUAACCUGUGUAACGAACAUUUCUGGUGUGAUGUUGACUUCAUAUCAUCUCUACAUUCGUCGGUGACGUUAGUUCUUCAAAGGAUUGUACUAUUACGUACUGAACCAAUCCAUGGUUUCCUUCUUUACGUAAAAACAAGAUUGAUUGCCCUGAUACCAGACAUCGGUUAUCAUUGUUCUUUUGCCACUUCCCGUGGCUUCGCCGUUGGCCCAACAAGGAAAGCGCAGUCGAGCCUAGAUUUCCAGGCCAUCUGCUCUCCGCUGCCAGAGUCAUGUUCAGCCUGCGUCGAAACCGGGCUUUUCUGGUCAAGAUUUUGCUGCUCACUCCGUUGACUUGGCUGUGCGUUGUUCUCUACAUGAAUAGCUCUACGAAGAUCAUCCAGCAACAACAGCAAGGCCAUCAAGAGCAAAUCGUCUACGUCAAUGAAAACAAAAUACAGGUAGAAGACAACCGGCUCCCCCAGGAACAAAUUGUAGUGAAAGGACCCCCGCUAAAAGAUAAUCUACUAAGGAAAAAGAAGCCUACACCAUCAGGUGGAGAUCGUGGAGAUGCCGGCAAUUCGGGCGACCAAAUGGCAGGUCAGGGCGUGCUGAUGCCGCCUCAUGAGCCCGAUGGCCCUGGUGAAAUGGGCAAAGCCGUCGUUUUGCCGAAAGAAUUGACUCCAGAACAGAAAAAGCUGGUCGAUGACGGUUGGCAAAAGAACGCCUUUAAUCAAUACGUUAGCGAUAUGAUCAGCGUCCACCGAACGCUGCCGGACCCCCGCGAUGACAGGUGCAAGGAGCCCGGUCGAUACCUGACGACGCUGCCAGCCACGGACGUGAUCGUCUGCUUCCACAACGAGGCCUGGUCAGUCCUCCUGCGGACCGUUCACUCCAUCAUGGAUCGAUCGCCUGCUCACCUUCUCAAAGAAAUCAUCCUCGUCGAUGACUUUUCCGAUAUGGAUCACGUCAAAGCCCCAUUGGAGAACUAUAUGGCGCAGUACCCGAAGGUGAAGAUAGUGCGGCUACCCAAGCGCGAAGGAUUGAUCCGGGCGCGGCUCUUGGGCUUGGAACACGCCACGGCUCCCGUCGUCACCUACCUCGACUCUCACUGCGAAUGCACCGAAGGAUGGCUGGAGCCGCUACUGGACCGGAUAGCCCGUAACUCGACGACGGUCGUUUGUCCCGUGAUCGACGUCAUUGACGAGGAUUCCUUGGCCAUCCAUUUCGAUAAGAAAUCGGUCCAAGUCGGCGGAUUCGACUGGGGACUGCAGUUUAACUGGCAUGCCAUCCCCGAACACGAGAAAAAGCGACGCCAACAUACGGCUGACCCAGCGUACAGUCCCACAAUGGCUGGAGGAUUGUUUUCCAUCGACAGGGAGUUCUUCAAGAAGUUGGGCACCUACGACGAUGGAUUCGAUAUCUGGGGAGGCGAAAAUUUGGAAUUAUCCUUUAAGACGUGGAUGUGUGGCGGGACGCUGGAAAUCAUUCCGUGCAGUCAUGUGGGUCACAUCUUCCGCAAACGGUCGCCCUACAAAUGGCGAACUGGAGUUAAUGUCCUUAAAAGAAACAACGUCCGGUUGGCUGAGGUUUGGUUGGAUGAAUACUCCGAGUAUUAUUACCAGCGGAUUGGCCAUGAUCGGGGAGACUAUGGAGAUGUCUCGUCCAGAAAACGCCUUCGUGAAGAGUUGGGUUGCAAGUCCUUUAAAUGGUACCUUGACAACAUCUUCCCGGAGUUGUUCAUCCCCGGCGAUGCAGUAGCAUCCGGCGAGGUACGAAAUUUGGGAUUUUCACCCGCCUAUUGUUUGGACGGUGCCGCUCGCAAAGCCAAUCUGCAUAAGCCGGUCGGCUUAUGGCCGUGUCACGGCCAGUCCGGGAACCAGUUCUGGCUGUAUAGUAAAACUGGAGAGAUUCGUCGAGACGAAGCCUGUUUGGAUUAUGCAGGAUCGGACGUCAUCCUUUAUCCUUGCCAUGGUGCCAAAGGCAACCAAUACUGGGAAUACGAUCCCGAGACAAAUUUUGUGCAGCAUGGAAGCAGUAAGAAUUGCUUGGCCAUCAGCGAGGACAAGAAGAAGAUCACAGUAGAGAAGUGUUCCGAAGACAACCCUAGGGUCAAAUGGAAAUUUGAGAAAUUUGAGGCAACAAAGAAACUACAACUGUAAAAUAUCAGCAAAGUUGCAGCUGCUGCGUUGGCGUUUUGUUUUAACCUCAACAUGAAGUCAAGUUGAUGUAACUAUAGAUGGAAUAUUUUUGUUUGUACGCUGAAACGCGAUGUCAAGAUUUCUAGACGCAAUUGCCAACAACCCUGUUGACAGCCACAUCGCCCUCACUUUCUUUCCAUAAAUUAUCCAUAUCGAUAACGACACAUUCCUGAUUUAAGGUUUACCAAAUUAUUUUCUUUCAUUUCGUGUCAUCUACGAUGAACCUUCUAAAAGUCUUACUUCAAAAUUGAUUACAUGUCUAUUCUGCCUUUUCUGGAUGUAUGGUUCCCUUGAAACGCUCAAAAUGGAUUCAGUUAAUGAUUGUUUUGUUUUUGUAAUACGAAUGCAGAAGUUUA